AAGAUCCCCAGCUUCGCAAAGUACAGGAACAAGAGCGGCGAGAGUUCGACGAAGGUCUUCCAAUACUUCAUGGUCGGCACGAUGGGCGCCAUCACGGCUAUGGGAGCAAAGGCGACCGUGCAAGGUUCGUGGAGCUUUUAUCGAUGGAAAAACGGAGUCAAUUGGCUUGGAAUUGGCUGUGUGGACGGGACUGGGGACAAUGGGGGCGCACAAUUGAUGGACUGGACGGGUUUAUGAUAUACAUGGGAGAGGAGGGCUAAUAAGACAUCACUCGCAGACUUCCUCGUCAACAUGUCCGCCUCCGCCGACGUGCUUGCUCAAGCCAAGGUCGAAGUCGAUCUCUCUGCCAUUCCAGAGGGCAAGAACGUCAUCAUCAAGUGGCGAGGCAAGCCCGUCUUCAUCCGCCACCGUACCGAAUCCGAGAUCCAAGAAGCUGAGGACACCAAGUGGGAAGCUCUACGAGACCCGCAGCCCGACUCAGAUCGUGUCCAGAAGCCGGAUUGGUUGAUCAUGCUUGGCGUUUGCACACAUCUUGGAUGUGUCCCCAUCGGCGAAGCCGGCGACUUUGGCGGCUGGUUCUGUCCUUGCCACGGUUCUCACUACGAUAUCUCCGGCCGUAUAAGGAAGGGCCCCGCGCCACUAAACCUCGAGAUUCCUGCGUACGAUUUCCCCGAAGAAGGAAAGGUUGUCAUCGGUUAGAAUUGGCCACUUGUAUAUUAGCGUGCCCGAGACAAGAUUUUGGUGGGAGGGGGGAUUGUGUUGAUAGGUGUUCUAGACCAUAUGGAAUUCUGAAAGUUCAACAUCUCAUUAUUGCACUGACUUGAGGGUAAACCGCGCGGCCAGAGUGUAUUUUUACUUUCAUUGUCAUCUCUUCGGCCUCAGCCUCCAGGGCGUGACAUGAUAUUGUCACUGCUCCUGGUCUAUCAAAGGAGGGCCCUUCGAUGUGACAAACACAACCCAAACUCCAUAUCUCGCCCUCGCUCUAAGCCUA